UUUUGCUGAUUUUAUUUUGUUGUUGCCAAGUUUAUAUACUUAACGCUGGUAGAGUUUUUCCGUCACGACCCGGUGGAAUCCCUGUGUGAGGGCGCACUUUCAGGAACUGAACGUUCUCCUGUUCCUCACACGUCUGCUCAGAAGAUAGGUCGUUGGGGAACCUCCCGAACACAUUGCUAUUUGUAUGUAUUAUCGCGUGUAAAGUACAGCUUUUCUUAAACUCGGGGCAGGAUUCCAAUCUCUUUUAAAAGGUCAGCACGCCAAAGAAAUCGAGUCCGAUCACGAAGCGUUAUCGUUAAAAACAGGGUAAGGAAUUCCCUGAGAAAAUGAGAGAGAAUUAUAAAACAAAAUUAUACGUAAGGCAUAGAUUCUGUCCAGAGAAAUACUUUGAGACUUUCCGGGCAUUUUGUACUAAUUAUUUCCAAACUCGACGGUCGCACCUGAAUUUUGUCUUGACAAGCAUCCUGAGCCUCGGACUAGUUCAAUUUAAGUCACGUAGCGGCUGAAAAUAAAUGCACACCUACUAUGUGCCAAAUGAGAGAGAGAAACCUCAGGUUGCAUUUGGGGAAAAUAAAUGCGCACCUACUGUGUGCAAAAUCAGAGAGAAACCUCAGGUUGCACUUGGUUACCGUUAUUGAAAAUGCACCAUUGCUUCCCUGAUCAAUCGGGCGGCGGGCGGUAUGAAUGAAGAAGGUGAGUCAAGCUCUGACACGCGUCAGCCUCGUCUCAUAAGGUGGCGUGGGCAUGGACGCGCGCGUGGCUCUGUGUUGCUUACACAGCCCGGGGACGGGGAAGUUGCUAGACUCCCGUGCGAAGAGGUCUCGGGGCCUGGCUCACCUGUUUAUUUUCUCCUCCUCCGUUUCCCACGGUAUCACAGUUCAGAACUCGACAGGGAUGCCCAAGGCUCAGCCCGCAGCUUCCCGCUCACCCGCAAGCACCACGCCACUCUCACCCGCAAGCACCUCCGAGCCGGAGAGCAGCCGCCCCCCGACGGCCACGCCAACGCCUAGUACCGGGGCUUCUCCCCUAGGGAACCCCCAGGACCCCCAGGAAGAUGCCAGUCAGAUGGACGUGGCAGGACCCACCUCCACGCAGCUGACUUUCCUUUCCACAGACCCGCAGGCACCCAGCACGGCCCCCUCGCCCUCACGCACCCAGGCUCUGGGCGGCAAUGGCACAGCAGGUGGGCGGGUCACACGUGGGGGCACGUGCAGAGGCGUGAAAGCCGCCCGUGUUGAAGGACAGGGUGCAGGGACGCCACCGCCUGCUCUGGGGGAGGUGGCCUCGGUCGCAGUGGGGGCACCCUCUCCUCGCUGGGUGUCGCCGGGGUGGGAUUCUCAAGAUCUGAGCCGUGCCCAGGGGGACCGCGUGAUUUUUAUUUGGGUGGAAUGACACCCCGAGUCCAGUCCUGGAGAAGCGUAGCUGGGGUUUCGGGGCAGCGAGAGGCGAAGCCAGUGGCCGGAUGCCCUUUCCCCGUGGGAGACGGUCCCGUUCAGCAUCCGGCUGGUUGUAGGCCCUGAGCCCAUUGUGCGUGGGGUUCGCAUGGCUGUGGGCCACGUGGGCGGGUGCCAGGAGGCCAGGCGUGAGCCGUGAGCCACGCGUGCCAAGAGGAACCAAGAGGGUAAGAGAGUGUGAGAGAGCGAGCGUCUGUUCAGGGAUGUGAGGGUCCCCAGUCCUCACCAGCUUGCAGUGGCCAAUGACCUUUGUUCUCAGGUGUGAGUGACAGUGAGAGCCUUCCUUAGUCCCGCCUCUGUCCCCCCUCACCCCUCCCCCACUUUACUGUCUGUCUCCCCUUUGUUGGACCCCUGCGGAGUGUAAAGUUGCAGUUUCCCGGUGAAGCUGCCCGAAUGGCAGGCAUCUAAUAGCCAGCCUUCCCUUGGCUCCUCUCCUGUUAUUUUUUAUUUUAUUUUAAAUAUAUUCUUAUU